AGAACUCAUAUUUAUAAUGAAAAAAUCGAGCGAUCUCACUAUUGUAAAUUUAUUCAUUAAACUGCCAUAGAAAUCUACAAAUGAAUCAGAAUCUCGUAAAUUUACAGGCUUCAAUCCCAAAACCUCAUUACAUGCUCCUUUUAAUCGCACUUAUAUUCGACACUCAAUAAAAGAGUAUUUUCCCAAUAAAUAACACACUCAACAUACUCAACAUACUCAACACACAUCUAUACAAAAUACUUAACCAAGCAUUAAGUCACCUUCUAAUUCUAAACCUAUAAGUUUAGCUAAUGCUUGUAUAUAGUUUUAUUUUAUUUAGUAUCUCUUAUUUCUAAAGAUGAAACUAAUCCUACUAGCAGACGAACUAGUCGUAGAUUAAAUACCAAUUAAUUAAAAAAUAUUUUAGCAUAAGAAAAGGUUUCUUUGGAUAAUGUUCGUAAUCAAUUUCUAUUAAUUUUAAGGGUUUAAUACUCAAUUUCAAAAUCCUUAACCUAUUAUAUAAUUAUUCGCAUAACAUAACUCACCAAAAAAGAGCUUGAAAACUAGUCCAGAUACUAAGCAUCCUAUUAUUCAAGAGACAUUCAAAAAUCGUAUAUCACAUAAAUUAUCUGGACAUAUGUAAGAUAAAAUUGACUAAAUUCCAUAAAUCACUUCUGAUUCCGUUAAGUAAAGAAUUUCAACCUUAAAAUAAAAAUUAAGAGGCAAUAUUUAAUAGAGAUUUUAUAAAUUCAAUAAUAAUUUUAUAAUUCAAAAUCCAAAUUCAUUUAAAGAAGAUAUUGAAUAUAAAUUCAGCAAACCUUCUAAACCUCAAUUACCUUAAACACCUUAAAUUGUUUUAGAACAUUAUUAAUCUUAAUUAAAUGAAUAUGAAAGGAAUGAAAUUAAAGAUAUAGAUAUUAUCUAUUACUUAAGACCUGAAAAUGUAAAACAUCCCUAAGAUACUGAAUUUAAUUUUGGAUUUGAUACAGAUAAGUAUUAAUAUUAUUCUAUUUAAUAGAGGUGAUUACAUAUUUUAAUAAAAUGAUCAUAUAAAUUUUCGUUACGAAAUGUUAGAAUAAUUGGGACAUGGAAGUUUUGGAUAUGUUUUUAAAGUUAUGGAUCAUAAACAUUAAUAAAAUGUUGCUAUAAAAAUCAUAAAAAAUAAAGAAAAGUUUUAAAAAUAAGCAUUGAUUGAAAUAGAAAUCUUGAAAGUUAUCAAUAAUGCUGAUAAUAGUUGUUGUUUAAUAAAGAUGUUAAAUUAUUUUGUUUUUCGUAAUCAUGUAGUAUGAUAAUCAUCAUUAUUAGAGU